CCUCCCAUAACUUGUUUGGUUCUCAGCAAUCUUAUGCUGCCUGCCAUAUAAGUUUUUUCCAUACCGACAUGGAGAACAGCUGGACAAAUAUAAUAAAAUACUUAUAAGUAUUGGAUUAAACAUUCAUUAUUUUUAAACCUUUUAUUAGAACACAAGAACUAGAAUGUGCAUCUAUUAAUCACGAUAAUGCGUCACACUAUUAUGCAUAAUUUUCUUCUAUGUUUUUUAUUUUUUAAAAAAGUGUGUUUCAUAUUUUGGGCUUAAUUAGGGCUUAUUUGAGUGUAUUUUUUAUUGGUAUAGUAUGUUUCGAAUGCAUAUAUUUCAACAGAAUAAUACUUGACUCUUUAUAAGUAGCCACAUUUAAGAAGUCAUUUCUCUUCUUACAUGAUCUGUUGUAACAUUUUACCAUACAAACGUCAUAGUCUGAAUCAUUAAUUCAUUGUCUUUAUCAUAAUUUAAAGAUAAUCUCUAGAAUUUUUUUUUAAAUUUAAAGAUAAUUUAGUUAUCCAUAUUAAUUGAACAAAUUGACGGUCAUGGUAACAAGUAAUGUUCCCAUGAUUAACCAUCAAUUUUUUUUCAUUCAUAUGGAGAACUAGACGAUCUCUAAAACAAAUGAAGAUGAUAUGUAUGUCUGAUAAAAAGAACGAACGGUUUAGAUUGUGAAGUUUGUAUUAUGAAAUGAUGUCACGUCGUUAUGUAAAGAGGAAUGACUCUUUACAUGUAAGAAAUCAAACAAUGUGCAAAACAAAUCGACUAGGAAACUAUACUUUUCCAAUACAUUAGGAAGUUGUUAAUUAGAGUGGAUUUGCUUUGCAUUUGAAGAUCUUUAUGGUGUAAAUUCAGUUAUAAAUUUUGAACAGGUCACUUUUGGCAAAAACUUCCUAGGUAGAGUUUUCUUUUAUAUUUUUGGUCAAAUUUCUUUAGGCACAAUUGAGGGAAGAACACGAUUUCUUCCAUGUUUUGAUGUUAGUUGAAGAAAGCUCACAUGCAUGCAUGCCUGAGGCAUUAAACUAUUAAAACGUAGGUCCAUUUAAUCAAACUCUAGAUGGAGAUUGUACUUUGUUAAUUACAACCCCCCGCCCCCCGAAAAAAAACACCCCCACAACAUGAUUUAAUAAUAACUAAAUUGCAUGUGCGUAGUUGUUGAACUUUUAAGCAAAAUAUUCAGCACACCUCUUUUUUGCUUCGAUGCGCUCGUUGAUUACUUAUAUUUUUAAUUUUUUUUUUAUAUUUUAAAUGAGAAUUUUAAUAAGAAACACAAUACGCUAACUACUAGUACAAUACAUAUCUUGUAUGACAUCUUCUUUUCACACCCAAAAUCUCCCUACUUUCAUCAACCGCCAUUAAUAAGAAAUCAUCCACUUGGGUUUCAUUCACAUUGUUUGACUCAAACCUUUUAGUAGUUGACCAACACGCACACCAAAUCACGAAUAAUUAUUAAUAAUAACGGUAUUUAAAUGACAAAUAGUACUACAAAUACUUGAUGAAAUUACCAAAAUGGCCAUCGAUUAUUGAACAAAUAGAAUUCCCUCCAUAACAUGCCAACGCAAAGAAAUCGAAACACAGCCUAAAAAGCGCACAUCUUUUGUCGGCAGCCUCCGAAAAACAUUCAAAAACUGUGUGCAAUCCUCUACCUCCACACUAUAGUCCAACAUUCCAGUCAACCAGCGGCCGCCCGCCACGUCAUCACAAAACCUCCAUCCUUGCUCCACAUUUCAUCACUGAACUCUGAUCACUUGCCGCUUCGCCCGCCCCCAACUCCCAGACGCUGUCGUUUCACUCCCACCUAUCCCCCAAUGCUCCCGCUUCUCUUCUUCUUCUUCUUCUUCUUCUUUCUCUUCUUCUUGCUCUGCUCCGUCGACGUUGCGACGUCGUUUCCUGCCCAUGCCGAUCUCUCCAACUGCACCCAAACCUUCGACUGCGGUCCCCUCCGGAACCUCACCUACCCCUUCACCGGCGGUACCCGCCCCUCCUACUGCGGCCCGCCGGAGUUCCACCUCACCUGCGUCGACGACUCGCCCAAGUUGACCAUCGGGCUGCUGAGCUACCGGAUCCUCAAACUCGACCCGGCUCACCAGAACAUGACCGUCGCCCGGUCCGACCUCUGGAACUCUAGCUGCACCGACAAACUCGCGAACUCGACUCUUGAGUCCGAGUUCUUCAGCUAUAAUGAGGACGACGACAUGGACGUCACUAUUUUCUACGGCUGCAAUUCCACUUUCGUCAAUCCCAAGCCGCUGAAUUGGUUUCUCUGCGACCUUAAUUUCUCUUUCAAAGACGCUUAUUACUUGAUCGGGCCGGUGCCCCUCGACCCGAUCGUGAGCGAGUUCAAGUGCUCCAUCGGGAUUACGGUGCCGAUUCUCAAAACCACGGCGGCGGUUCUCGUCGGCAACCGGUCUCUGUUUAAGGAAGCGAUCAUGGCCGGGUUCAAUGUCAAUUAUACGAACCCGUAUGAGAAGCAGUGCGCUGAGUGUCUUAAUGUCAAUGGGCUUUGUGGGUUUGACUCGGAUAAGAACCGACCCGUUUGCAUUUGCGGCAAACGGUUGUGUAACCCGGCAGGAAAAAAGUUGGGAAUCCCGAUAGGUCUUGCUGUAGGAGGUGCAAUUCUUUUCGGCAUUUUGGUUGGGUUCUAUUUUUAUUAUUUCAUCCAACGCAAGAAGAGGAAACUUGCUGCAGAGACUCAAAGCAAAGAGCAGCCUACACCCCUUACAAGCAGUAGCAUUGCAACUCCCUCAACUAAUCUCUCUCAAUCUCAGAGCAUCCCGUCUUAUCCCUCUUUUACCUCCAAGUCUGACUAUGAUAAUAAGGCGAGCACUUACUUUGGAGUUAAGGUCUUCAGCUAUACUGAAUUAGAGGAAGCUACUGAAAAUUUCAACCCUGCUAAAGAGCUUGGAGAUGGAGGCUUUGGCACUGUUUACUAUGGUAAGCUACAGGAUGGCCGUGUAGUUGCAGUGAAGCGCCUUUAUGAAAACAAUUUCAAACGUGUGGAGCAAUUUAUGAAUGAGGUCGAGAUCUUAACUCGUCUUGAACACCGGAACCUUGUCAAGCUGUAUGGAUGCACCUCAAAACGCAGCCGAGAACUUCUCCUUGUUUAUGAGUAUAUUCCUAAUGGAACAGUGGCUGACCAUCUCCAUGGGAAACGAGUGGAAUCUGGCUUUCUUAGUUGGCCUGUUAGAUUGAACAUUGCCAUAGAGACAGCUGAUGCACUGGCUUACCUCCAUCGCAAUGAUGUUAUACACCGCGAUGUCAAGAGCAACAAUAUUCUCCUAGAGGACGACUUUUGCGUGAAAGUGGCUGAUUUUGGUCUGUCACGCUUGUUCCCCAACGAUGCCACCCAUGUAUCAACUGCUCCGCAAGGGACUCCCGGCUAUGUUGAUCCCGAGUAUUACCAGUGCUACCAACUCACAGACAAGAGUGACGUAUAUAGCUUUGGGGUGGUCCUGAUCGAGCUUUUAUCGUCAUUACAAGCAGUGGACACCAAUAGGCAUCGGCUUGACAUAAAUUUGGCCAACCUGGCCGUCAACAAAAUCCAAAACCAUUUAGUAAAUGAGCUGGUCGAUCCUCUUCUAGGGUUUGAAACAAACGUUUCAGUUAGAAGGAUGACAACAGCUGUGGCAGAAUUGGCUUUCCGGUGUUUGCAACAGGAGAAGGAUAUGCGACCAACCAUGGACGAAGUGUUGAAGGGUUUGAAAGCAGUCCAAAACGAAGAUCUUGGUUCAGAAAACGGCGAAGCAGUGGUGCUGGAUAUCGGAGCAGACGAGGUUGGACUUUUGAAGAGUAUGCCACCCCCGCUUUCACCAGACUCGAAUGGAACUGAUAAAUUGGUUAGCAGCUCUACCACACCUAGUUCCUUUUAGCAGUAGAGAUUUCCAUAUCCUCCUUCCUUGUUUUUUUUUUCCAGUGAGCUGCAGCCUUGAGUUCUAAAACAGAUGGUAAAAAGUAUUGUAUACUCUCAUACACGGAUGUUAAAACUCGAGUGUCUUUCCAUAUCGUCAGUUGAUUUUCUUUUGAUU